GUUUUUGUUAUAACAUUACUCUUCCUUUUGCAAUUGCAUUGUUGCAGCUACAGAAUCAUUUUAAUUUUAAUUCAAAGUACAUAUCUAAAACACAUUUCAUCUUAUUACUUUUACCCCCCAUGUAAUAUAAGUUUACGUGACAUUUGAGAGAUUUCCUGUGGAAUAGGCAGACGCCAUUUGUGUGUGUUGAGUUGUGUCAUUAAAGACGAAUUGAAAUAACUCCCAUGACAAUGAGUUACCAAAUCCAGCCACAGCAAACCAGGCCAAUGUCUCAUGGCAACUACCAGAGCCCUGGUGACCUGCCAUUGGGAUCUGCCAAGGAGCAGACUAUUAUGUGGCAACAGAAUUCUUACCUGGGAGAUUCUGGAAUCCAUUCAGGUGCCACAACACAGGCCCCAUCACUCACUGGCAAAGAGGAAGAUAUGGAAUCAGAACAGCUUAUGUUUGAUCUUGACCAAGGAUUCACACAGGGUUUCACACAAGAUCAAGUUGAUGAGAUGAACCAGCAGCUGAGUCAGACACGCUCACAGCGUGUCCGGGCUGCCAUGUUUCCUGAAACACUGGAAGAAGGAAUUGAAAUACCAUCAACUCAAUUUGAUUCUGCUCAGCCCACUGCUGUUCAGAGAUUGGCUGAACCAAGCCAGAUGCUGAAACAUGCUGUUGUGAAUCUCAUCAAUUACCAGGAUGAUGCUGAUUUAGCCACUCGAGCUAUACCAGAACUCAUAAAACUUUUGAAUGAUGAGGAUCAAGUUGUUGUGUCUCAAGCUGCCAUGAUGGUGCACCAACUGUCGAAGAAAGAAGCCUCCAGGCACGCCAUAAUGAAUAGUUCUCAGAUGGUUGAUGCUUUGGUUCGAGCAAUCUCCAGCAGUAAUGACCUGGAGUCUACAAAAGCAGCUGUUGGAACUCUUCAUAAUUUGUCGCAUCAUAGACAGGGGUUGCUUGCUAUAUUCACGAGUGGUGGUAUUAUAGCAUUGGUGAAACUGCUCAGCUCUCCUGUGGAAUCUGUGUUGUUCUACGCAAUUACUACACUCCAUAACCUACUGCUUCAUCAGGAUGGCUCCAAAAUGUCAGUUAGACUUGCCGGGGGUUUGCAGAAAAUGGUGGCUCUCCUGCAACGCAAUAAUGUCAAGUUUCUGGCCAUUGUGACAGACUGCCUGCAGAUCUUAGCCUAUGGAAACCAAGAGAGCAAACUGAUAAUUCUUGCUUCACAGGGUCCAGUAGAGCUUGUUCGCAUCAUGCGUUCUUAUGACUAUGAGAAGUUGCUCUGGACCACAUCACGAGUAUUGAAAGUUCUGUCCGUCUGCUCAAGCAACAAGCCAGCUAUUGUGGAAGCUGGAGGAAUGCAGGCGCUGGCCAUGCACCUUGGUCAUCCAAGUCAACGUUUAGUUCAGAAUUGUCUGUGGACUCUGAGGAACCUCUCAGAUGCUGGAACAAAAGUGGAUGGGCUUGAAGGCCUGCUGCAAAACUUGGUCCAGCUCUUGGCAUCGACUGAUGUGAAUGUAGUGACAUGUGCUGCUGGCAUCUUGUCGAACCUGACAUGCAACAACCAACGCAAUAAAGUGACAGUAUGCCAAGUGGGUGGUGUGGAUGCUCUGGUGCGUACCAUCUGCAAUGCUGGCGAUCGUGAGGAGAUAACAGAACCUGCUGUGUGUGCCCUGCGCCAUUUGACAUCUCGACACAUUGAAUCAGAGAUGGCACAGAAUAGUAUUCGUCUGAAUUAUGGCAUGCCAAUGAUUAUAAAGCUGCUGCAGGCUCCAUCUCGUUGGCCACUUGUGAAAGCAGUGAUUGGAUUGAUACGAAAUCUGGCCCUCUGCCCAGCAAAUCAUGCCCCAUUGCGUGAACAUGGAGCUCUCCACCACCUAAUCCAGCUUCUCAUGAGGGCUUUUAAGGACAUACAGAGGAGAUCCUCAGUUGCUAGCAGUGGCAGCCAGCAACCUGGGGCAUAUGCUGAUGGAGUGAGGAUGGAGGAGAUAGUAGAAGGAACUGUUGGGGCUCUGCAUAUCCUGGCCAGGGAGUCACAUAAUCGGGCCAUCAUCAGAAGACAGAUGGUCAUCCCAAUAUUUGUGCAGUUGUUGUUUAAUGAGAUAGAAAAUAUCCAGCGAGUGGCUGCAGGAGUACUGUGUGAGUUGGCCGCUGACAAGGAAGGUGCCGAGAUGAUUGAACAGGAAGGAGCCACAGCUCCAUUGACAGACUUGUUGCAUUCACGUAAUGAAGGUGUUGCAACAUACGCAGCAGCUGUUUUAUUCCGAAUGUCUGAGGAUAAGCCGCAGGACUAUAAGAAGAGGUUGUCCAUGGAAUUAACCAAUUCCCUCUUCCGUGAAGACCAGAAUCUUUGGAAUGGAGGUGAUCUUGGGAUGGGUCCAGAUUUACAGGAUAUGCUUGGCCCUGAUGGUAUGUAUGGACAGGGACCACCUAGUGUACAUAGCAGUCAUGGCGGCAAGCCCUACCACCAGCAAGGUUAUGACCAGAUACCAGUAGAUUCCAUGCAGUGUUUGGAGAUUGACUCUCAUCAUGGAGCUGAUGGUGGUGGGGGUUCUGCGUAUGGACCCUUGGAUGCCAUGGACAUUGGUGGACCCGAUCCCUCUGACCUCAGCUUUGACCACCUUGAUGAGCUGCCUCAGCCCCCACAAGACAACAAUCAGGUGGCAGCUUGGUAUGACACUGAUUUGUAGUGGUUUGGCCAUACCCUGUGUUCCAAAAAGAUCAUGAAAAAUUAAUUUGGUGUAUGUUUUAGGUAGGCUAUAUUGCUCACACUGAAAGAUGUACAACCACUUUCUUAUUUUUGAAGUGGUUUGUUGCUGUGAAAGCAAUGUCAUCAUGGUCUUUAAAGGUAUAUUAAGGAAUCCCAUGCAAACAUUUGACAUGGUUAAAGUUAAAUUUUAAGCCAAGUAAUUUAUAGUUCAUUGAUUGCACAAAACCUAACAGCAGACAGAAAUUGCUAGUCCUAUAAUCUUGUUAAGAUGUUUAUUUCACAAUGAUAAGUGGGUUGAAAAGAUAUUUGUGAUGCAAUGUAGCAUGUGGAUAUAUCACUAAAAAUCGCACAACACUUCUGCAUUCAACAUGUCAAUUAUUGUUGCAUAUAUGCAGUGAAACCUGUAUUUUGUGUUUUGAAGAACCGACCUAAACUGAAAUCGGGAAAUGAAAACUUUGAGGUGUGAAGUAUAGAGCCUGCACCAAACUCUUCUUUAAUCUGUGUUUUGUGCCCUGCACUUGUAAGAUAUGUAUCACAGAUGGUGGUAUUGUGGGUUAUUGCACUGUAGUAUUUUGGCUAUAUUCUAACAUUUUGAAGGGACAUACUGCCUGCAUCUUUUGGGGAGUUGGCCAUUCAUGUCCUCCUGACCCCAUAUAUACUAUGUACUUCCUAACCCUCACUUCAGCCAUGAAAAUAGAGGCAGUAUGUCCCUCUGAAAGAUUGUUAUUUAGCCACAAAUCUGUAAGGUAUACAACCCAGAAGAUCACCAUCUAUAUUCACAUUGCCAUGAAAACCUCAAAUCCUAUGUAAAUAUUCUUGAGAUGUUUCUGCUGAUAAUGACUUGGCCAUAUGAAUGUAUGUUAUAUUUAUUUUAUGUGACAGAAAAUUAAUGAGAUAGUGAGUGUUGGUUGUGUCCUUACAAUGUAGCAGUAGAAAUCAUGUAAUCUUUUUGUAGAUGGAUAUGAAAUAAAUAAUAUAAAUAAAA